CACCUAGAAUUUAUUGACGGGAUUUUUGCUCAUCAAAACUGCGUGCCAAGUAAACUCCCUCCUCAAUCCUUAUAUUUUUCUUAAUAUGCACAUGCACACCCUCAUAGGAAACAUGUACAGAAUUGUAAUUUAGGUGCUUCAUUAGUGUUGUUUCCAUAAGAAGGUAUUAUCUGAGGUGGUUAUUCUAGAAUUGUGAGUCGUGAUUGUAUCUCCUCUAAUAAAUUGUCAAGUUAAACUAUAAAAGAGGCUAACAUGAGCUUCCUCUUUAAUUUAGAUGGUAAGAGAGCAAUGACCAACGUCAAAUUGAUUGGGGGUUGACAAUGCAUGAGAAUCGUUUAGCCUUCUUCAGAGUAUCACAAGAUCCUGAUAGUAUCUUAACCAAAGCAAUUUUUGUUUUCAUGCCUGAUGUUGAUGUAAGUUGUUUACCUAGAGGAGAGCCCCAACAAGUUAGCUCUUGGAGUUGCGAUGCGAAAAUGGGUAAGGCAGAAAUGGUUUAUACAAAGGCCAUACUAUGAUCAUAUAGAAUGCGUCUCAAAAUAUUGAUGAAGCCACUGAGGAGAAGAGAGAAAUCGUCAUUGGUACUCUAAAUUUACAAGGCUAUUAAAAUGAUCAUUCCCUUCAUUUCAUGUAAAUUUGUAUGUAGUUUGAAGUGAUAGAAAGUACAUAGUUGUAAGUCAUUUGUGUGUUUAGUGUAGCAGAGUGGUUACGAGUGAUUUGGUAGGAUUUCACAGUGGUAGGGAUAUUGAUAAAAGUUAUUAUCUGUUGGUGCUUCCACGCAUAUAUUGCUUGGCUAUUUCUGUUGUUGGUAUAUGAGAUUUCUACAGCAAAUUGCAUGCUUUGCAUUUCUUUUUUUUAAUAUUAUUUUAAUUAACUAAAGUAUAUAUCAGAAAAAACUGACUCACACAUUCCAUCGAUUUGAUUUGGACAUUGCUGGUUUUUGUUUUCUCAGGCAGGGACUCAUCGCCUUUGAUGUCACUGUGGUUUUCGGUCUAAGGGCAAUCCAAUGGGGUUUUCUUAUGAAAUCUCUUAGUGGCUUCCAUUUUUACCAUCAAUAAUUGGAGCUAGGUAAGCAUUCCUUUGGUUUUUUCAUGUUCACUCUAGGACAUCAUGGUGCAUGACAAUAGUGGCUAUAUUUAAGGUAACGGCUUGGUUUGGAUUGUCCAUUAUAGUGUUUAUGUUUUACUAUUUUCUUUUGUAAUGCAAUGUGAUAAUGACUUUCCAUCAUAUUAUUAUAUAUAGUGUUGUUGACCUAUCUCCGGCCAUCGCCGCGUACAUGUUAACAGAUAAUAUUAGUUAGCAUCUAAGAGUCAAUUUUCGUGACUAUACGUCAUGCCAAUGGCCGGGUGAUAAGCUAGUUAACUUUAAAAAAAAAAAAAAGUGAAAGCGAAGCUAAUCUAUGCAGUUCAAAAGAGAAUGAUUGGGCCGAUGGGCUUUAGUGGUUCCAGCCACGAGACCAGAACUUGCGUGGCCAACAAUAGCCAGCACAGUUGGGCCAGAUCUGCCGACUUUCUCCUCUCGUCCACCUUGUUUUUGUUCCUUUUCAUUUUCCUUGAUUUGUCUCGCCGGAGAAGUGGACUGGUAAUUACUCAUUUCCCUUAAGCUCAGUGUUGACGAAGAAGCAGCUGGAAGGAGAAAUUAGAAAGCAACGGUAAUGGCCGGAAAAGAAGAAACUGCAGAAGUAGGAGCCGAACCGAGUAGCUCCUCGCCAUCGCUGGAGGAUAGGCCCGGAAUCCUAAUCGUCGGCCCUUCCGCCGUCGGCAAACGCAGCCUCCUCUCCCGUUUGCUUUCACUGGAUCUCGUAGAUGAUCCUGAUUCCGAUUCCGAUUCUCAAUUGCUCAUCCGCGGGUGGACGAUCGACACCAAAUACUACUCCGCCGAUGUAUCCGUCUGGGUUGCACACCUCACCGACGGUUUCCGCAUCGAGAACCUCCCAUCUCGCCGCCGAUUGGCCGCAGUGGUCAUGAUUUUCGACGCUACUGAUCUCUCGUCUCUUGCUGCAGUUCAGGAAUGGGUAUCCCGCAACGAAAUCCACGAUUUUGAGAUACUGUUAUGCCAAAAGCUCGAGCUUGAGCAGUCUGCCUCUGAUGAGUUCGGAAUCUCUGAAACCGAAGGUGCAAAUUUGUUAGGGAAUAAUGAAGACGAAGAAGAAAUGGUAGAAGAAGAUCAGUCCUUUCCAAUCAGGAGGUCAUGUAUUGAGUGGUGCACUGAUCGGAAUAUUGAGUACAUUGAAGCUUGUGCUUCCAAUCCCGAAUUUGACAAAUGUCUGUCUGUUGAUGGUGACAGUCAAGGGAUGGAACGAAUCUUUGGUGCACUUUCUGCACAUAUGUGGCCUGGAAUGGUUUUGAAAUCUGGAAAUAAGAUUGCUGAACAACCAUUACCUGACGAAGAAGACUUGUCUGAGGAGUCAGAUUAUGAAUUAGAAUACGAGGUGCUUUCGGCAGGUUCUGCAGAACCAUGGGAUGAUACCAGAUGGGUUUCUUCCAGCACUACUAAUUCCACUCCGAGCGAAGGGGAAUCUAGUGCAGCAGAAAAACAUGAUGUUGCUGGACUUAGCAACGGGAACAAAGAAAGUCUUGCAUCAAAUGCUGGAGAAGGUGGCAUUGUGACUCACCCUGAGAAUGGAGGAAAGGGUUAUGAAGGAAAUGUGCAGCUCUCGUCUACUCAGAGAGGGGAAUCGUCAGAGGAUGGCAAAGGAGCAGUGAGAAACACAGAAGUAUGGGAAGCAAAUGGUGAGGUUGAACCAUUCGACUUUGAGGACUUGGAAAAGGUCGUGUUUGAAAUAGGGAAUAUAAGAGAUGGGUUGAGAUUGAUGCCAGAUGUACAGAGAAGGGAAAUGGCUGCAAAUCUGGCAAUGAAAAUGGCUUCCAUGUUUGGGGGCGGCAGUGAUGAUGAGGAGCCUGAUGAAUUGGAGUGAUUUGCUGAAUUUUAAGAUGAAGGUGAAAAGAUGUUUGUAAAGUUCUGUGCUGUAUUUUUCAGAUUUUCUCCCUGGUACCAUCAUCCUGAGUUAACAACAAGCUAUUGGACGGUUAUAAGAUUGGUGGUUACGAGUUUGAUAACACUAGGAAAGAAUUUGGCUACAGGGCGUAGUGUAAGCAUGUGCUGAAUUAGUCCUCACGGCCUCCAUUUUGUUGGUGGUUCUUCGUGGCCUUUUUGAAUGAGAAUUCACAAGUUUUGAGAAAUGCAAUCGAGUCAUUUGACGACUU